AUGCAGCUUUCCAUCCUCGUCCUCUCAGCCGUCGGAGGCAUUGUUAACGCCCUGCCCACUACCCUCUCACCCAUCGAGCUCCGCAGCGACGGCCGCGCCGCAACGCUCUUCAAGCACCCGGAUCUGGCCACCAUCAACGCCGACUCCACCUUUGUUCCCGCAAAUGCCUACUGUACCGAUAUCUCCAAUAUCUUCGGCGGAUUUGACGGCAACAUCAGGAGCUUGAGCGUCGAGGAGGGGUUCAAGUGUGAUUUCUAUAAGGAGGCUGGAUGCGGUGUCAAUGACUUCACAAGCGGUGGUGCGGUGUUAGAGGUAGGGUUCAAAAACAAGAAGGAUGAGCGUAAGCAGUUGGGGAGCUGGGAGACGAAGAUUGCGAGUGUGAUUUGCCAGCGUCUUUAG